UUUAUAAAACGCUUUAUGAAGUUUGAACUCAAAUAUGCGAAUCGUUUUGGGAUUUAUUGGGAGUCGCGAUUCCCGUGUCAGUUAAAGAGUCGUUUAGCAUCAGAAAGCGCUGGGAUCUGGUUGUGCAGCUUGAGUCUCCGUUACUUCAGGAUGGUGUCGGUCUGGUGGACUCUGUCAGUGUUUCUCAUGCUGUUUGUGGCUCUCAGCGCUCAACAAGAAGUCCUCAGAUACACAGACACACUGGAAAAUACGGGCCAGAAUGAAGUUACAUUCAUUGCCAGCAAUAUGAGUGAUACUUCAACCAAAGCUUCAUUACCAGAUAUUGACGAGUGUCGUCUGGGUGACCCAGGGCCCUGUGGUUUCCAUGCCAACUGCACAAACACACCUGGGUCAUUCGUAUGCCGCUGUCACCGUGGUUUCCUGAUGAGCACUGAUGGCUGUACAGAUGUGGAUGAGUGUGUGUUGGCCUCAGUGACAGGUCUGCAGGCGUGUGGUAAUGGAGCCGAGUGUAAAAACACACCAGGAUCUUUCAGCUGCUCCUGUCCAGAGGGAUUUGUGCUGGCACUCGAUGGCCAGAACUGUGUUGACAUUGACGAGUGUAAUUUCGAGGAGAGCUGCCGGAGGGAGCUGGGGAACGUGUGUGUGAACACGGCUGGAAGCUACACGUGUGUGUGUCAGGCUGGAUUCAGAGAGGAGCGAACGGCGUGUGUCGAUGUGGAUGAGUGUGUGGAGCAGCCACACCUGUGUGAUGGUCGAGGAGACUGUGAAAAUGCACUGGGCAGCUACAGGUGUGUGUGUCAGCGUGGUUACCGUGGCAAUGGCACACACUGCACAGAUAUAAAUGAGUGUUUGUCCGGGGAUCACGGCUGUGAUGUCAACGCUCGCUGUGGGAAUAUCAUGGGCUCAUAUUUCUGCCAGUGUCAUCAGGGAUACAGCGGAGACGGACACGCCUGCUACGAUGUGGAUGAGUGCACUCAGGAUAACAGACUCUGUGAACACACCUGCACAAACCAGCCAGGGAGCUACAGCUGUCAGUGCGUCGCCGGAUACAGCAUCACUGCAGAUCUGCACAACUGCACAGAUGUGGACGAGUGUGUAAGCAGUAACGACACCUGUGAACAGACCUGCACAAACACAGCGGGAUCAUUUCUGUGUUCGUGUCGACGCGGGUUCCAGUUGCACAUCGAUGGACACAGCUGUGUGGACAUAGACGAGUGUAAACUGCAGAACGGAGGCUGUUCUCACGAGUGCACAAACACCGCAGGCGGCCACCAGUGUCACUGUCCCUACCCUCUGCUGCUGGACCUGCGCAACACCACCUGCGUCAACGUGACCUCGUGUGCCCUGAGGAAUGGUGGAUGUGAUCAUAUAUGCUCUCUGGGUGCAGAGAGUCGCAUUCACUGCAGCUGCAGAGCAGGAUGGGAGCUGAGCGCUGACCAAAGAACAUGCACCGAUGUGGACGAGUGUGUGAGUGUUAAUGGCGGCUGUGAGCAGGUGUGUGUGAAUCACGCUGGAGGUUUUAAUUGCAGCUGUCGCUCUGGCUUUGAGUUGCGCAAAGACGACCCGACAAAAUGUCAACCGCUGUGUGACCCCGCAUGUCAGAACUCAGGUGUGUGUGUGGCUCCGAACACCUGCGACUGUCCGGCUGGAUACCCUGGAGCGGGAUGCUCAGCCAUGUGUUCUCCACCCUGCGCUCAUGGAGGAUCCUGUAUGAGGUGGAACGUCUGUCUGUGUCCUCCAGGGUGGACAGGUGAAGGGUGUCACACAGCGGUGUGUGAGCUGCCAUGCGCGAAUAGUGGACGGUGUAUCGCUCCAAACACCUGCCAGUGUCCAUCAGAUUACAGCGACCCACAGUGUCUCACCCCUCUGUGUUCUCCUCCAUGUGUGAAUGGCGGGAGGUGUGUGGCCAUCAACACCUGCAGCUGCUUAGAUGAAUGGAGAGGAGCACGCUGUCAGAUAGAGCCCGUCAGGUGUGUUCCAGCAUGUAAUAAUGGUGGUGUGUGUGUGGGGCUCAACAGAUGUCAGUGUGUGGAGGGAUACACUGGAAAACACUGUCAAGUCGCGCUGGUGACGCCGUGUGUUCCUCCUUGUCAGCACGGAGCGGUCUGCGGUCCUCUGAACAGCUGUGUUUGCCCAACGGGGACGAGCGGCAUCCGCUGUGAGAAACUUGUGUGUCCUGUGGUCAGUACAGUGGUCAGCAUGGCCCGCGCCGUCAGGAAAGGCUUUCGGGAGAGUUACGUGGAUCGCUGUGGACCGCUGGGUGUCCAGCUCUGCACUAAAUACAGGAUCAACCAGGCGCGUGUGUAUCUGCAGGCGUACAGAGUGGGAUACAAGAUCCAGUGUCCUGACAAAAACACAAGAUAACAACACACUUUUAACAAGGGCUUUGCUGCUGUUUGCAUGUGGAAGGUGGACAUUUAUAAAUCUCUCACACUUCAAAACCCAGUCAUGACUAGGGCCAGAGGGAAUCUGCGGACGUUUUUUGCCAUUUCUGCUGAGAGUUUUGGUAAAAAUCUGUGGAUUUCUGCAGAAUUAUUUUAGGAUUAUCAUAAUUAAAACCUUAAUAUGUGAAAUAAAAGAUCUUUAACUUGUAUUUAAUGUUUACAAUGCAAAUCCAAUUAGAUUCACUUGAUUUGGUAAACAAAGCAAGUCUCUCAUAUAAUAUCUCGACUUCUUCUUUGGCUCUCGGCGAAGGCGGUCGCACUUUUUCCCUCUCCGUCCCACAUCUCUCCUCGCUAGCUCCUCUUGUCUUUGUCUUAUUCUAUCUCUGAGGCUCUCCGUGCCCUGCUAUCCAAACGAAUAAGGAAUUAUGGGUUUGAUCAACUGGUCUCUGAAUGCGAUUGACACCAUCUUCUCGACGAGAAGUUUGGGCUCGGGAGAGGAGAAGUUUGCAGCUGGAUACGUGAUGGACGGGUGGGAGAAGUGGCGCGUCUUUGCCUGGCUGCUCUGUCUCUGGAGGAUAUUGAAGACAUUUACCUAUUCGGAACUUUGAUAACAGGGUUUAUGCGGGGCUUAUGCGGGGCCCUGGCGUAUCGAUGAUUGAUGAAAGCGGUCAGUGCUGCUCAAAACCCCACCAGGCGGGCCGGCUUGAUUGAAGCGCUGAUGGGCAGGCUUGCUAAUGACCAGACUGCAAUAUUAGAUAGCAAACUGGAAAACAUCAGGGUGAAGUUAGCAGCUUUGCAAUAAAAUUUGGCCAGAUCUGGAGACGAGUGGUGGACAUUAAAUAUCUGUGGAUCUGCAGGACCUGAUGGCUGCCCGCCCUUACCGGACUAUAUCCACACCCCCCUGUUCCCAUCCCCUGUGGCAAUGUUAUGUCUUGUCGGUGUGUUUUUGUGCUAGAUUGCUGGGGCUUUUUCUUUCUCCCUGAUCUCACAUUGCUCUAACUUAAGAGCAAGGUGAGAGGGAGGUUUUUUUUGCUUCUCUUUCCUGAAUGUAUCUUAUUUCCUGUUCCACCUCCUGUGACCUGUCUUCCCUGGAGUUGUGAUGUCUGUGCACGGUCGGGGGGUUCCAUUUACCUGCAUUUCGUUGCCUUGUACUUGUACAUGUGUGAUGACAAUAAAUUGAAUCUAAUCUAAUCUAAAAAGACAGAAAAUAUUACUGUACACACUGCACUGUACAUAAAUGAGAUGAAAAUUUUCAUAUUAGUCAAUAAUAUUACUUUAAUUAAUCUAAGAACUGAAUAAAUAUAGAUUUACACACAUUUACUCAAGUAAAUAAACAGAAAUAAUGAUCUAAUAAUGAAUCUGUGGAAAUCUGAGCACACCGAUUCCGUGUGGGCCAAAUCAUGACAUACAGGGGGUACAGAAGUAUUCAGACCCCCUUAAAUAUUUCCCUCUUUGUUAUAGCUUUGUUAUAAGUUGAUUUUGUCUUCAGUAAUGUUCACACAGCCCCUCAUACUGACAGAAAAACACAGAAUUAUCGAUAUCUCUGCAGAUUUAUUAAAAAAAGAAAAACUGAAAUAUCACACGCUCCUCAGUAUCCAGAGCCUUUGCUCAGUGUUUAGCACUCUUUGAGCUGAUACAGCCGUGAGUCUCUUUGGGAAGGAUUUGGGGAUCCUCUGCCAUUCCUCCUUGCAGAUCCUCUCCAGUUCUGUCAGGUUGAAUGGUAAACGAUGGUGGACAGCCGUUUUUAGGUCUCUCCAGAGAUGCUCAAUUGGGUUUACAUCAUGGCUCUGGCUGGGCCAUUCAAGAACAGUCACGGAGUUGUUGUUAUUUUAGUUGUGUGCUUAGGGUCAUUGUCUUGUUGGAAGGUAAAUCUUCAGCACAGUCUGAUGUGCCGAGCACUCUGGAGAAGGUUUUCCUCCAGGAUAUCCCUGUACUUGGCCACAUUCAUCUUUUUUGCUCGAUUGCAACCAGUCGUCCUGUCCCUGCAGCUGAUAAACACCCCCACAGCAUGAUGCUGCCACCACCAUGCUUCACUGUCUGGGCUGUAUUGGACAGGGGAUGAGCAGUGCCUGCUUUUCUCCUCUUAGAAUUAAGCAGUGCUUAAUUUGUAAAUGACGAGGUCCAGGAACAGAUCAGGGUAACGGAUCCGGCAUGUUACCAGAGAAGGGAGAGGUGUCGUGGACCAAGGUGAAGAACUGGUGGUGGGUGGCGCGGACGAAAGUGAAGAACAGGUGUUGGGUGGCGCGGACGAAAGUGAAGAGCGGGGCGGUGGUGGUGUGAGGUGGUGGAUCGUAAAAUGAGGUGCCGGAUCAGAUUUCAGAUGUUCCGGAUCCAGCUUGUUCCGGCACAAAUUAAGCCCUGGAAUUAAGGCCAAAAAGUACUAUAUUGGUCUCAUCAGACCAUGAGAAUCUUAUUUCACAUCAUCUUGGAGUCCUUCAGGUGUUUUUUAGCAAACUCCACUCAGGAGAGGCUUCUGUCAGGUCACUCUACCAUAAACUGGUGGAGGGCUGCAGGGAUGGCUGCAGGGAUGGUUGACUUUCUACAACUGUCUCCUAUCUCCUGCAUCCCUGGAGCUCAGCCACAGUGAUCUUUGGGUUCUUCUUUACCUCUCUCACCAAGGUUUUUCUCCUCGAUAGCUAGGUUAAACCAGAUGGCCAGCUCUAGGAAGGGUUCUGGUCCUCCCAACUGUCUUCCAUUGAAGGAUUAUGGAGGCCACUGUGCUCUUAGGAAUCUUCAGUUUUUUUGUAACCUUGGCCAGAUCUGUGCCUUGCCACAAGUCUGUCUCUCAGUUCUUCAGGCAGUUCCUUUGACUUUGGCCAGAUCUGUGCCCUGCCACAAGUCUGUCUCUCAGCUCUUCAGGCAGUUCCUUUGACCUUGGC